UCCAAUAUGGAAAAAGUUGUGAAAAGAGCCAAGGUUAACGAAGAAGAUGAGGUUCAUACAUCUGAAAAAGUUCUAGACCAGGUUGAGAAGGACCAUAAGCAGAAAGCCAAGAAUUUAGAUACUACUAAAGACAACAAUGAGGAUGCUAAAGAAGAACAGAAGAAGGAAGAACAGAAGAAGGAAGAACAAAAUAAAUACAAAGAAGAAGAAAAAGAAGAAGGACCUUCUGAGUAUUUGAUCAUGUUCCAAAAUGCUGAAGGUGAACCAGUUGGAGACCAGAUUAUGCUUGAUUCCAGAACGACCAAGAGGAAUCUUGUCUCAUUACUGAACACUUUCUUGGAGAAUGAAGAAAAGCUGCCUUACUCUUUAUAUAUUGGGGAUGAAACUAACCAAUCAGAAGUAAGAAGCUCUAUCCUUGAUUCAGUAAAAGAAUUGCCUAAUGCUAAAUAUAAUGCAGAGACUGUCAUUCCUAUUAUCUAUAAGCCUGAAGCAAUGUUUAGAGUUAGGCCUAUUACCAGAGCAAGUACUACCCUGGAAGGACACACUGAGGCCAUUUUAGCAACCAAUUUUUCACCAGAUGGGAAAAAUUUAGCCACUGGAUCAGGAGACUGAACUGUUAGGAUCUGGGAUAUUUUUACAGAAACUCCACAUCACACUCUUGAAGGGCACACUGACUGGGUCUUCUUUGUAUGCUUCUCACCAGACUGCAAGAGAAUAGCAUCAGGAGGAAAGGAUAAGAAAAUUAUCAUUUGGGAUGCAAAGAAGGGAGAGAUGAUAAAUAAGCCUCUUUCUGGUCAUAAAGAUUACAUCACCUCUCUUUCAUGGGAACCAUUCUUCAAAAACUCAGAGUGAAGGUAUCUGGUGAGUAGUUCUAAAGACCAGACUUGCAAAAUAUGGGAUACUAUCACUGGAGUUCCAUUAAAGACAUUGAAAGGACACACAGAUCAUGUGACCAAAGUCAUAUGGGGAGGAGAAGACCUUAUUUACAGUGCUUCAAGAGAUACAACAAUUAAGUGUUGGAAUGCCAAGAAAGGAAAAUUAGCUAGAGAGCUUAAAGGCCACGGUCACUGGGUGAACACCUUAGCACUUAGCACCGAUUAUGUACUCAGAACUUCAUGUUUUGAUCAUACUCAAAAGGAAUUUUCAUCAACUAAAGAGAUGAAGCAAUAUGCUUUGGAAAGAUAUAACAAAGCCAUGAGUAAGAAGGGUCAUGAAAGACUUGUAAGCGGAUCUGAUGACUAUACCUUGUUCUUGUGGGAACCAUAUAUUUCCAAGAAACCAAUUGCAAGGAUGACUGGACACCAACAACUCAUAAAUCAGGUUGUGUUUAGCCCUGAUGGUCAGUUCUUUGUGAGCGCAUCUUUCGAUCAAUCUAUUAAGUUAUGGGAUGGUAAAAGUGGGAAGUUCAUGCAUACUUUCCGUGCCCAUGUUGGAAGAGUGUAUCAAGUCGCAUGGUCUGCUGAUAGUAGACUACUUGUCAGUGGCUCAAAAGAUACCACACUCAAAGUAUGGGAUAUGAAACGUAAGAAGCUUAUGUUUGACCUCCCAGGUCAUGCUGAUGAAGUCUACGCUGUUGACUGGAGUCCUGAUGGAGAAAAAGUUGCAAGCGGAAGCAAAGACAAAAGACUUCGAAUUUGGAAAAAUUAAG